GACGGAAGUCCCAUGUGGGAAGCUUCAGAGUGUUUUUGAAGGAUCCAUUUAUGGAACUUAUGUUUCUCUGUUGGUCCGUCGAAUAUCAAGAAGUCUGCAAUGCGCAGUUUCCACUGACGUUCCAGCAACGAACGUUGGGUUCGUCUCGGCCUCGUGCUUGAGAGCGAUAAAAGCUCGCGCAUUCUCCCCGAUGUUGGACUUAGUCCUUGUGCGCCUUACGUUACACAAUUCCCCUGCCAGUUUUCUCCAGAACAUCGCAAUGUUAUCAACUUCGCCAACGCCACCGUCGGGAGACCCUGGUGCGGUCGGGCUCUCCGAUCCACAAUAUUCUUCGAAGCGAAGACAGAUGCUGGACCUGGUCAAUAAACUCCACUCAACAGGCGUGCAGCUUGACAUUGAUCUUCCUGUGAUCGCCGUUAUUGGCUCACAGAGUGCAGGAAAAUCUUCGUUGAUCGAAUCGAUCUCUGGCAUCACUUUGCCCAGAGCUAGUGGAACCUGCACACGUGUUCCUACUGAAUGUCGACUCACUCGGUCUUCGGAACCAUGGCAAUGCACGGUGUCGCUACGUUUUAUUACAGACGCAGGCGGUCAACCCCUUCAACAAGUCAAGAACGAGAAUUUCGGCGAUACAAUUUUUGAUAAAGUUGAGGUCGAAGAGAGGCUCCGUCGUGCUCAACGCGCCAUCCUCAAUCCGACCACUAAUGUUCGACAGUUUCUGGAGGGAGCGGACGAAGAUCCUUUUGACAGGGAGCUCAGUUUUUCUAAGAACUGCGUCACUUUGCAGAUCAGUGGACCCGACGUUGCUGAUCUCUCCUUUGUUGACCUUCCUGGCCUCAUUGCCAGCGUCGGCAAUGGCGGUAGCGACAGCGAUAUUGAACUAGUUGAGGACUUGGUUAGAUCCUAUAUCGAGCGUCCCAGUUGCAUAAUCCUUUUGACGGUUGCUUGCGAAACUGAUUUCGAGAACCAAGGAGCUCAUCGUUUGACCAAAAAGUAUGAUCGUGAGGGCAAACGAACGAUUGGCGUUCUCACCAAGCCAGAUCGUAUCCCUGCAGGAGAGGAAGACUCUUGGCUUCGCUUCAUCAAAAAUGAGUACGAGGCGCUCGAAAAUGGCUGGUUCAGCGUCAAACAGCCUGAUUCUCGUACACUUCAAGCUGGGAUUACUUGGGAAGAGGCACGGAGCUCAGAACGAGAGUUCUUUUCCCUGACCUCUCCUUGGUCAUCUCUUGAGUUCAGCUAUCAGCAACAUCUGGGUACUUCCAACCUGACUGGACAACUGAGCGAUAUUCUUUCCGCAUUGAUUAUGAAGAGAUUGCCCGAACUUCAAGACGAGCUGCAAAUCCUCUUGGAGAAAACUCAAGAAAGUCUGAAGACGUUACCGAAGCCUCCCUCUACCGACGUUCUCACCGAGAUCUUGCACCUCAUUGGCGAUUUCUCUCGCGAUCUCGCAAAACACUUGGAAGGUACACCCGACGAGGAUGGUCUUCUCCAGGCCAUUCGUCCAGCUCACGAGGCGUUUAAACGAGCUAUUCGGGCCACGGCGCCCAACUUUAAGCCAUUCGAAAAGAACAAACAGUCGUUCACGAUGUCCCAUAUGCUCGGUGAGGAGACAGACGUCGAUACACCAAGCUUUUUGUCGAACGAAGAAGACCCUACUUCCAAAGAGUCUGGCCCAACGAACGCUAUAUAUAUUGACGAGGUAAUGGAGCGAGCUAAGAGAGCAAUUACAAGAGAACUUCCCGACCACUAUCCAUUCGUCGUCUCAAAGGAGUAUAUCUUGUCUUUCGUUUCCCAUUGGGAAGGCCCCACCCGAAAACUAUUCACCGCUGUUUAUCAAGUCUUGCUGUCGCAUGUGAAGGCCCUAGUCGUUCGGCAUUUUGGCAAAUACGCUCAUGGCGGGUUACAACACCACGUCACGCUCCUCGCAAGCGAAUUCGUCAAGGACUUGAGUAUCAACACUAUGGACAAACUUUUGUGGAUUCUUGACUUGGAGAAACGUCCGCGUACGCUCAACGCACACUAUUACGCCGACUAUCGCGAUAAAUUCCUAGCACAUUAUCGCGGUAGUCGCCGCACGGAUAGUGAAGGGACGCUUAUCUCCAAGUUGGAGCGAUACGAUCAUUCUUCUCGUUCACCCAAAACGACAGACUUCCGCGAACGUAUGCAGGGUGUGCUGGCUGGCCUAACUGAAAUCGGGAUUGCUGGUGUGAAGGCUGCUGACCUUCCAAAGCUUCUCCCUUCAGAUCCGUUCGAACCUGCUUUAGAUAUCAUGGCGACCGUUCGGGCGUACUUCCAAGUUGCCUACAAGCGUUACGCAGAUCUCGUCCCCAUGGCUAUCGACCACGAACUCAUCCUCGCUUUGGAUAGGGACAGAGCUCUUGAGACUGCCCUUCUGAAAGGUCUCGGCAUCACUGGCGCAGAGGCCUAUCAGAAGUGCAAGGAGUUCUUGCAAGAGGCUCCAAACGUCGUCGCUCGCCGGGAGGAGUUGCAAAAGAAAAGGGACCGGCUGGUCACCGCCCAACAGGAGUUAGUCGACCUCUGGCUCUAAAGACAUUACUUCCAGUUCUGUUUCUUGUGUACUCUGCGAUCCUCAGUUUGUCUUUCAUGACGACGAUGAAUUACUAUAUAUGUACUACUGUAACAAUACAUCGAGUUGACAGAG